AUGCUCAGUUUGGGUUCAGGCCACGUUUGUCAAAGGAAAGCGCUAAUUCUUUGUCUUAAGCAGACCGUCCAGUACUAUACGGACAGAAAAACACCCGUUUACGCCUGCUAUUUGGACCUAUCAAAGGCGUUCGACCUAGUCUCAUAUAACAUACUAUGGGAAAAGCUAAGCAACGAAAAAAACAUACCGCCUGAGAUCGUGUCAAUGUUUGGGUAUUGGUACAACAAUCAAAAGAACAGUGUUAAGUGGGCGGGGGCUUUCUCGGACGUGUACACGUUGGAGUGCGGGGUGAGGCAGGGGGGGUUGAGCUCGCCAAGCCUCUUCAACUUGUACAUGAACCGACUGAUCGAGGGGCUCAGCAGCACCAAGGUCGGGUGUCAUAUCGACGGCGUUUGUAUUAAUAAUAUUAGUUAUGCUGAUGACAUGGUGCUGCUGACCCCGUCGAUUGCAGCUAUGCGUAAACUGCUUAAGAUAUGCGAGGAGUAUGCGAUGGCACAUGGACUCAAAUAUAAUGUGUCGAAGAGUGAGUUCAUGAUCUUCAAAUCGCGGACUAAAACAUACUCAUCAGUUCCGCACUUAACACUUUGUGGUAUGCCUCUGAAACGGGUUAACUCAUUUAAAUACCUUGGUCACUGGGUUACAGAUGACUUAAAGGAUAAUGUAGACAUAGAAAGGGAGCGCAGGGCGCUGUCAGUGCGUUGUAAUAUGUUGGCACGUAGGUUUGCGCGUUGUAAGGAUGAAGUAAAAAUCACGCUUUUUAAAGCUUACUGCCAGUCUCUUUACACGUGCAGCCUAUGGGUCAGCUUUACCCAGCGCGCUUACAGCGCACUGCGUGUGCAGUACAACAAUGCGUUCAGGGUGCUACUUGGCCUGCCGCGGUUCUGCAGCGCGUCAACCAUGUUUGCGGAAGCGCACACCGACGGCUUCCACGCGAUAAUUCGGAAGCGGAGCGCAUCGCUCCUAGAGCGUCUCCGCGGCAGUACAAAUGGCAUCCUGAGGGCAUUGGCUGACAGGUGGGACUCGCCGCUGCUGGGGCGCUGGCUUAGCUUGCACGUCUCCAGUGCUAUGUAAGCGGCUUCAUAUUAUUUCAUUAUUUGUAUCUUACUAACAUAGGCUAAGUGAAAAUUGUUACUAACACGAUUAUGGACCCCGGUCUGA